CUCAAAAUCGAAUAAAGAUUUCCAGUUUUGAGCUUGAAGAGAUGUUUCUGGGUCAUACAGAUGGUCUUUCUGAAUCUCGUUCAUCAAGGGAUCAGCUACUUCCUUAUGCUGAAUCUGAUGAUGACACUGCAGACAGUUCUGAGCCGAUACUGUUCUCAGCCUCCUUUGAAGAGCUUGCCGACAAUAUCGUUAAGUAUGACACUGUUAUUUGGCUUUCAAUAUCACUGAUGCUGGUUUUAGCUUGGGGAGUUGGCAUCAUUAUGCUGUUAUAUCUACCUUUUAAGAGAUAUAUUCUCCAGAAGGACAUCUCCUCUCGAAAGCUAUAUGUUACACCUAGUGAAAUAGUCUACAAGGUUUCAAGACCUUCUUAUGUACCCUUCUUGGGCAUCACCACAAUUGAGAGGCAUGUGCCCCUUUCCCGGGUAAUUGACAUCAUUAUUGAACAAGGUUGCUUGCAGUCAAGAUAUGGGAUCCAUACCUUUCGAAUUGAAAGUAUAGCACGUGGCAAAGCUGCAGCUGUUGAUGAACUACAGGUUCAAGGGGUUUCUAACCCUAGUGAUUUGAGGAAGGUCAUCAUAACAGAAGCUUCAAAAGUUAUACAAGACAGCGGUGUAAGUUGGAAGCCUAGUGCUGUCACUGCAGAGGGGGAAAACAUGGCUCGUACUGCAUCCUUGACUGAACCACCAAUUCUUAGAUCACCAGCUAAAAGUGUAAAGAUGUCAGCUUCACCACGCUAUGCUUCAAUAGAACGCAGAAGCAUACUACCUAGUGAAUUGUUGCUUAAUAGAAUUGAAGAAGUCAAUAGAUCUGUAAAGAAAAUCGAAUUCUUAAUAGAGAAGUCUCAAACUCAACCUGAGUUAGAGCAGAUAAAUUGAGGUUGAAUGUGAAGUUGGAUAUAUGUGGCAGUGGAUUACUUUGACAAAUGGUGGAAAGAGCCAAAAAAAACAACUCUGCACUUGUCUGUAACUAUUUAUAGAGUAGGAUUCUAAUAUACCUUAGUUUCACUUAGGAUGUUGAAAUGUUAAAAAGCUCUUGUACUGCACAUGGUUUGCUUUUGUUUUAGUAGAGGUAGAAAUGUCAAUUUUUUUAUGAAGUUUGCCAUUGAGUGUGAUACUACUGAAGAACACAACUAUGAGAAAUUGAGAAAUGGAGAAAAGGAAAACCUCAAGAUUUGGAAUUGUC